CGACAUUCAGUUUUGAUGCUCUAGAAAUUUUGGGGUUUCACCGGGAAAAUUUGCUGUACGAAAUGGACAGCGACAUGGAAAUCUCUCUCGACAGGCUUCCCAUUAAACGAUUGGAAUCUAUCGAAGAAAACGGCGCCGAGCGUUUUCCUUCUGAUGUUAAUUACGAUGAUAAGAGAGUGUCGCUGAUUCGGAGAAUAGACUUCGCGUGGGCGUUAGAAGAGGAAGAUGAGCUGAAGAAGAAGAAGCAGAAGAAGAGCUCCAAAGAGAGCUCGGAGCAAUGGCAAUGGAAGGGUAUGGUGGAGAAUUUGCAGUUGGCUCAUCAGGAGCUCUCCGUCAUCAUAGACCUUAUCAACACUGUCGAGGCAAAUGAUGCAGUAACAGUCGCUGGUAUGACUAAACCUAAGCCUAUGCCGAAUGAGUUGCUCUCAGAUCUUGCUGUGUCUACUGCUACCAAGUUACAGAGCUACCGGCAUUUAGGAAAAUACUUCAAGCAAUCAGCAAAAGCUUUAGAGCAGAAAGUCAAUCGCGAAGCAAGGUUUUAUGGUGCUCUUAUCAGGUUGCAGCGGAACUGGAAAGUCAAGCGACAGCGUGUGCUUGCUUCAAACGCCAGCAAUGAGGGCUUCACGAUUGAUCUUUCUGACAGUUCAUUAUAUGAUCCGACUUCUGGUUUUCGCCCAUCUACGCUGUCCACUAUUCGUGUAGAACAUGAUUCAGCUGGUAUGCUGGCUAUUAAUCUACCCCAAGACUCAUGGUACUCUCUUCGGUUUGGGUUUGUUGGCUUAAAUUCGAUUGAUAACCCAAACGAGUCUGCCGAGCAUAUAGACUCCACUACUGGUCAGGAUACAACAUCGGAGAAGCUAUCUGUAAGUGACGAGGAAUCUGUUAAAGAAACUCAUUCGUUACUGAGGGAGGUGCAUAAAUCGAUUUUUGCCGAGCAGUUGUUUGACAUGCUCAAUCGUGAAGCAUUCAGUGAAGGUGUGGGAUUCAGCAUUAGCGGAAUACGAGAAAAUUUUCUGGAAAUGAGCAUCGGCCAAGGAGCUUCUUUGUUUGUAUCUCUCUACCCAUCGGGCAAAAAUGCCAGCAUCAAGAAGUCGGAAUCUGCAAUAGUGCCCAUGGAAUCAUCUGGCGGAAUAGAACUAGUAGAAGGAGACAGUCGUGUGAAGAAGCUAGGUUUCCCUAGUCGUGCCAGCUAUGACAUAUACUUGCAACAAAUUUUUCAUGAGCAUGUCUUUGGAAAAGCUAAGGAUCAGACCAAGUCAAAAAGUAGCCAAGCAUCCAAUCAAACCGCAAAGGACAACAAUUCGGGACUUCUUGAUCAUUUCUGCUUAUCUUUGGCUCAUAGAAUCUUCUCAACUAGAGUUGUUGUGCAACUGGAAAGCGUGGUCUGCAAGGUCCCGUAUCUUCAUUUGAUAUCUCAUCCUACAUGGAAUUCUCGGACAUCUUCAUGGACUGUCUGCAUGACUGUUCCUCCAUCUAUCAUCCCGCAAGGUAGUUCUGAAACUCAGUCUCUAGAUGGUAAGAGGAAUCUUAAGACGCAGUUCCGGACAAAAGUGGUGGUGAAGGAUGAUUGCAUUAGUGUAGAAGCGGAAUGCACGCCCAAUGUGGUAGGCUUACUGAAAAGCAGUUCCUGCAAUUUAUUCUCUAUGAACAAAUACGAGUGCGACUUGGCCGACCUUCCCGUGAUAAUUCUCCAACAGGUGACGAGCCAGAUUGUGUGUUGGCUACUGGAGGAAGCGAGGACCGUUGGGACAAAAGCGAGCCGGGAUUUUUUGUCGCUGUCGUUAGAGAUUGUGGAAGGGGAGAGAGUGAGCCUUGUGGCUCAAGUAAACCCUGAAGACGCAAAGGGAUGCAUCUCGUGGUGGCUUGUGAUGGAGAAUGGCUGCACCGAGGAGAGGAAAGGAGUGUCCGAGAGUCGGAAGUUGUUGGGUCAUUUGUCUCUCGAUGUCUUGUAUUCUGUUCUCAUGGAUUUGAUUAACUUGUGUGGUAGUGGUCGGAAUCCUUUAGACAGAUUGUGAAAGAUGUAAAAUUUGUUUAUGGAUUAAGGGAUUGUCAUUUGGUUUUUGUCCACA